CCGAGUACACUGUGCGACGAAAGGCCCGCGCUUCUACCGGGAGUUCCGCAGCCAGUCUGUAGACAUGAAGAUCGCUUUCCUGUUCGUGCUCGCCCUGGAAGCGGCGUGCUUGGUUCAGGGCCAGAUGAACCCACUGGGCUCUGGAUUGCAGCGUAUGCUGGUAGGGCUAUUUGGCGCUCGCGGAGGUGGCCGCUACGGCAACCCGAACGCCGCCUACGUUCAGCAAGGUGCCAUACCACACGGAAACCCGUCAAUGGGCCACGCUGGUUAUAGAACGCCGAUGAAUGGCAAUGUGAGGCCCCGGCCCAUGUUCAACAACGGCAUGCUCCCCUUCUUGGGGGCCGGUUCAUUGUUCAGGCCCCUGCAGUCUCGUCGCUGGCGACGACAGGCCUCUUACCCCGAAGACCUCGUGUCUCGGGGCUUCUACUUUGUGCGACGUCAGGACAACGACCGGUGCGUCAUGCGCGCCAGCUGUGAAGCAGCCGCAAGCCCCGGAGAGUUCGGCAGCGAGGGAGAAUUCGCUGUGCAGUUCAUUCUGUCUCUACGUCACGACGGAGACGCCUCGUGGCAGCCGUACCUGCUGUCAGCUCGUGUGGGCAAGGCGCACGGAAGCUUGCAGCUGUGUCGGCGUAUCUUCCGUGGCUGCCUGCUCCCCAAGGAACAGCUGAGACGCACGUCACGUGACCGACUGAUCAAAGCUCUCCGCUGCCUGAGCAGCCAAGGGUGCUAGCAGUCUGCGAAAAAGCCUGCUCCCCCCCCCCCUCCCACCAGUGAUGUCCCACAUGCCAGGGACUGCAGGACUGUGGGAAGGACGUUUAGCGUUACGUGGUAACCUUCAAAGAGGUGCCCGUUUGUAAUUCCUGCCGUCCUGAGCAACCCACUUUCCUCAUCAUAUGUAUUUCGUGCACUGUAUGCGCUGUAAAAUAGACAUUUGCCUUAAGCAACGCUGUAACUGGGACUUCUUAUUCAUCGCGUUACGACACUUGUUACGUGUGACGGCGUUGAAAGAAGAUGGCUCUGCAAGAUCGGUGUUUUCUCUGUACCCAACCAAAAAUAAUCCCAGAGCACCAUGCAUCCGUCAAUUUGGGCACCUGCAAUGACGCAACCUGCAGCGAGUGUGCGCAGCUGGAUGUUUUAUGUUGUAAAGUAGUCAUUAUAGUCCUACGGACUGACAGCAAGUGGUAUACCCGGUACUUGGGCUCGUUUAGUUGAGUAUCGUCGUCUAGUGAUCUGCGCCGUGGUGGUUAUCACCAAUGAGGCGGAUUCGUGCAUGGCACUGUGCUCCGACGCUCAGUUUACAGUUUCUUAUGUUUUUAUGUCAUGAUGUAGCAACUGUAUAAAGUAUGAUUGUAAGAUAUUAUGCAUGUUUACGUUCCGUGGUCGUCCUUCAAUAAAGUUUCCGUGUCUCUGUAC